ACUUCACUGGGCCGCCGGGUAUAAAUAGAGCGCAGCGUGCAGCGGGCACGGCAGACAGCGCCGAGCCGGGCACCGUGAACGAUCGAGCGGAAGAGAGAGAGAUACAGAGCGCAGAGCCGACCCACGGGAAAGCAGACGGGCAGAGCGGACAUGACCCUGAACAAGCCAGAGCGGAGCCGGGCGGCGGAGCGGCGACGGGCCAGCGCCCCGUUUCAGGCGCAGCUGCACCGGCGGAGCAUGCCGGUGGACGAGCGGGAGCUGCGGGCGACGGGCGAGGGUCGCCCCGAGCCGGCCCUGCCACCGACCUGGACCCCCGGCUCCUCAGACUCGGUCAGGUCGAGCGGCAGCGAGUCGGGCUCCGGCCCCUACAAAGUCCUGGUGCUGGGCGGCCGUGGCGUCGGCAAGACAAGCCUGGCGAGGAUCUUCGGCGGCUUAGAGGAGGCUGAGAACCACGAGGGAGACGGCAGAGGGAAUGCAUUCGACAGGACAAUCAUGGUGGACGGGGAGGAAGCCAAUCUCCUGGUGUUUGACACGUGGGAACAGGACGAGAGCCACUGUAUGGGUGAGCAGUGCAUGAAGCUGGGCGAUGCCUACAUCAUUGUGUACUCAGUGACGGACCGGGCCAGCUUUGAGAAGGCGUCGGAGCUGCGGAUCCAGCUGAGGAGGGUACGGCAGUCCGAGGACAUCCCCAUCAUCCUGGUCGGCAAUAAGACCGACCUGGUCCGCAGUCGUGAGGUGUCCGUGGACGAGGGCAGAUCGUGUGCCGUGGUGUUCAACUGCAAGUUUAUCGAGACGUCGGCGGCGCUGCAGCACCGGGUGCGGGAGCUGUUCGAGGGCAUCACGCGGCAGAUCCGCCUGCGCCGGGACAGCAAGGAGGACAAUGAGCGGCGCCAGGCCAGUGGCCAGCGGCGGCAGAGUGUGGGCCAGAGGGCACGCCGCUUCCUCGGCCGCCUGGUUGCCAGGAACAACAAGAAGAUGGCCUUCAGGCAGAAGUCCAAGUCCUGCCAUGACCUGUCGGUGCUCUGACCGGCGACUGGUGCCCGCGGCCCUGCCUCUGACCUCUGACCCAUCCACAGCCCUGCUCUAACCUCUGACCCCUGACAUGUACACAGCCUGGGUCUUUUUUUUUGUAUAAACCAGUAUCUGCGGUUCCUCGCACUGUUUCCAUGUUAUCCCACUCUCUCACCCACUUCCCACACAGAGGCCAAUUAACCUACAAUCCCGUGCGUCUUUGCAGUGUGGGAGGAAACCGGAUGACCCAGAGGAAACCCACGUGGUCACAGGGAGAACGUGCAAACUUCACGCACAGCCAACACCCGAGGUCAGGAUCGAACCUGGGCCUCUAGCACUGUGAGGCAGCGGCUCUACCACUGUGGUAGGGCUGUGGCGCUGGGGGGGGG